AGCCUGACGUCGCCGCAGGCUUCGGACACGCGCACUGGUACAUUUACUGCUGUUGUUCGGUCACAGAGCGCCUCGCGACGCAUGUUCUCGUCCUCUCGGUGACAAGUGACGACCUUUAUACACGCGACGCGAUAUCCUUAUCGAUCACUCGCCCCCCUGUGAAAAGGACCAUCGUUAAAGGAUCAUUUAGUGUUCACAGAUCAUUCUUAAUAAAAGUUAGUGAAAACAAACAUCGGAAAGUGAUAAUAGCGCAGGCGCGUCGCACGCGGACAUGACGAGAGCGGCCAUCUUGCUCGAGGACGCAGUUUCGCCUCGCCCUAGUGUGCAAAUCUGAUCGGAAACCCUAAAAUCAGAAUAGCUGGAAAGGAAAGAUGCGUCGCGGCCCAGGCUCCGCGACGGAGGUCCUCUGAGACCGCACCGCGUCACCGCUAUCGAUCCGGCGGGGCGCGAUGGCGCUCUCGGAGUGAAUGCGGAUAUCGGAACUGUACCGCAGCCUCUGCGAGCCAGCGGGGAGUCGGUCGAGUGAGCGUGCUGGACACACCGUGCGGCAUGUGAGACGUCGCGAUAGCUGCAGAAGGGCGCGCGGGCGGCGGCGGGUCCGGUUGACCGCGCGCCAUGGGCGAGGAGUACGCGCGCUCCCCGUGCGAGCGUUUCCCGGCGGUGGGCGCGUUCAGCGUGGCUCCGCCGGAGCGGCUCAGCCCGCCGCCGCCCGCGCCGCUGCCGGACCGGUUCUCGGCGUCGCCGCGGCGGGUGCGCCGGAGUGCAGAGGCGGAGCGCGCGCGGAGGCCUCGCUACGUGCCGCCCGCGGCGCACGUGCCCGUGGAGCGGUACGUGCCGCGGCCGCCAGCCCCCGUGCGCCCGCCUCCGCCGGUCUACUGCGGGCUGGCGUGCAGGCCUCCACCACCCUCCGCGCGCAAGUGCUGCGGACCUGCGUGUCGGGAGGACAUUGCUGGCUCGCCACCCCCGUCUCGCUACGUGGAGUACGUGGGGGCUGCGGCUGCUCGAAGACUCGCCUGCACUCCCCCACCACCACCGCCUCCAGCUCUUCAGCUACCGUGCGAGCCGCAAGAACCUCCUUGUUGUGUGCAGGCUCGCCGGCGCCCGCAACCUCCACAUGAUUGGUAA